AUGGCACAGAACGGUACAUUCAGCAAUGACUUCACUGUCAAGGCUGGCCUUGCGCAGAUGUUGAAGGGUGGUGUUAUCAUGGACGUCGUCAAUGCUGAGCAGGCCCGCAUUGCCGAAGAGGCCGGCGCCGCAGCCGUCAUGGCGCUGGAGCGUGUCCCCGCCGAUAUCCGUGUCGAGGGCGGCGUCGCCCGUAUGUCCGACCCAGGCAUGAUUAAGGAGAUUAUGGAGGCCGUCACGAUUCCCGUGAUGGCCAAGGCUCGCAUUGGCCAUUUCGUCGAGUGCCAGAUCCUCGAAUCCAUCGGCGUCGACUACAUCGACGAAUCCGAAGUCCUCACGCCCGCCGACGACGUCUACCACGUCACAAAGUCCACCUUCAAGGUCCCCUUCGUCUGCGGCUGCCGCAACCUGGGCGAAGCCCUCCGCCGCAUCUCAGAAGGCGCAGCCAUGAUCCGCACAAAGGGCGAAGCCGGCACCGGCGACGUCGUCGAAGCCGUCAAGCACAUGCGCACCGUCAACGCCCAGAUCGCCAAGGCACGCGGCAUCCUCCAGUCCAGCCCGGACUUCGAGCCCGAGCUGCGCGCCUUCGCUCGCGAGAUCGAGGCGCCCUACGAGCUUGUGCGUGACGCGGCGGAGAAGGGCCGUCUGCCUGUUGUUAACUUUGCUGCUGGGGGUGUGGCGACGCCUGCUGAUGCGGCGCUGAUGAUGCAGCUGGGCUGCGAUGGUGUCUUUGUCGGAUCGGGCAUCUUUAAGUCUGGGGACGCGGCGAAGCGCGCUAAGGCUAUUGUGCAGGCUGUUACGCAUUACAAGGAUGCUAAGGUUUUGGCGCAGGUUAGUGAGGGCCUGGGUGAGGCGAUGGUUGGUAUCAAUGUUAGGCAGAUGCCCGAGGCGGAUAAGUUGGCUGGUCGCGGGUGGUAG